AUGGCUGACUUUACGAGUAUAUGCACAGUCUUAAAAAGAUGUAAAUUAAACGGAAUACUUACUUUGGCUGUUGGAACGCCUGGACAACUGGAGAUAAGAAAUACAAGAGCUCUGGAGGUGCUCAGGGGAAUGAUGAAACAGCCUGAGAAUGCAGAGCUACUCGACGCAAUGAGAAUCGAAUGGGAGUUCUUGAAAGUAAGAGAAAAAUAUUUGAAAACCGGAAAAGUUAAAAAGUCGCUUCUCAACAGAGCUGUCCAUUUGGCCUCCGAGAACUCAUCUGACUCUUCUUUUGUUGAUUUUAUACGAGAGAGAGCGCAGGCAUUUGUUGCAUACGGGAGCAAAAAGAACGACAAAGAGUCUGUUAGAAAAAUGAACGAAAUUGUUAAAAAUCUCCCUGUAAAAUCAGCCCGAAGAAUACUGCACACGGAAGUGGAAGAAACAAAUGAGUCAACGCACGACUUCCAGGGGGUUCCGCUCUCCUUCAGAGACGAGAACAUCAAAGAGCUCUUCAUAAACAAGAAUUACAAGAGCAUCAUCGGAAGAUUAAAGAACGCAAGCGACUUUGACUCACAGAUUGUCCUGGCAGUUGCAAAGAUAGAACAUUUCAAGCUGGGAAUGCACAAGCUCCUUGAGAAGAACGACAAAAAGUCAAAGAAAACCUUGGAGAGGUACAUGACACAGUGGAACUCGCUGUACGCCAAAUCAGUCGAUCUAUUCUCAGCUAACUUUAUGGACGAAGAGUACCUGCACACUUUUAACAAAGAAAUACUGUGCAACUUCACGCCCGUCCACAACUCAAUUCUAUUCCAUCCUGUGACAUACGAUAUAUCAUCCGUGUACAUCCACAUGCCGCAGCAGGCAGAGCCCACGCCCGCAGGCAUUUCAGGCAUGCUCAGCAGAAUGAGUUUAUUCAGAAGAUAG